AGGCGCACGCUCUUUGUGGAAGCAAACACGUCCACCACCGCGUAGAGGGGCUGCGCAGCUGGCAGUCCCCGGGCGCUCGGGCCCAUGUCCUCGCCGUUGAUGAUGAUGUGCAUGUCGGCCGUGCCAUCGGGGCGCGGGCAAAAGAGGACGCCCAGGCGGCUACGGCGCGCGGUCGGAGGCAGCACGUUCAGCUCAUAGAGCUGGUCCAAGAGAUGGCUGUAGAGCCCUGGCCGGCUGCGGCCCACCAGGCGGUCCCGGGGAAUGCGAAACUGCUCAAUGCGCAGAUAUGGUUCCACGAGGAGGGUUGGAGGUCGUCUGGGGGCCGCUGCCUCCGCCUCCGGGCGGCCCUCCCGGGGCACGCGGUUGUGGUGGCGCGUGAUGGCGAAUACCCAGGUGUGGCCCAGGUUGACCAGGUCGGGCAGAGAAAACUCGGGAACGGGGGCCAGACUGGCGGGGUCCAGCGCGGUCAGACCGAGACGCAGAUGUCCGCACCAGCCCAGCUCUUUCUCCUCGAUCUCAACCAGGAAGACCUGGCCCGGGGCCAGCGGCUCGCGGCUGAAGCACACGCCGUGGGCGAAGCUCUCCACGCGUGUGGCCCGCGUCCCAGAGGGGUCCACGCGGAUGUUGGCACCGUGCACCCGAUGGAAGCGGGUGGGAGGGGGCUCCGGGCGCGCGAGUCCCCAGAGUGCACCCGAAUCCACGGGCUUGGAGGCAGCAGCCAUCUCUCGGCCAUAGGGCAGGCCAGCUGGCGCCGGGGGCUAUUUUGGGCGGCGGGCAAUGAUGGUGACCGCAAGGCGACCUUGUAAGGCAUUUCCCCCCUGACUCCCUUCCCCGAGCCUCUGCCCGGGGGUCCUAGCGCCGCUUGCUCAGCCAUCCCGCCUACAACUUAGCCGUCCACACCAGGAUCAUCUGAUCGCGUGCGCCCGGGCUACGAUCCGCGAGGCCCGCGGACCUUGACCCGGCAUUGACCGCCACCGCCCCCCAGGUCCGUAGGGACCAAAGAAGGGGCGGGAGGAAGACUGUCACGUGGCGCCGGAGUUCACGUGACUCGUACACAUGACUUCCAGUCCCCGGGCGCCUCCUGGAGAGCAAGGACGCGGGGGAGCAGAGAUGAUCCGAGCCGCGCCGCCGCCGCUGUUCCUGCUGCUGCUGCUAGUGUCCUGGGCGUCCCGAGGCGAGGCAGCCCCCGACCAGGACGAGAUCCAGCGCCUCCCCGGGCUGGCCAAGCAGCCGUCUUUCCGCCAGUACUCCGGCUACCUCAAAGGCUCCGGCUCCAAGCACCUCCACUACUGGUUUGUGGAGUCCCAGAAGGAUCCCGAGAACAGCCCUGUGGUGCUUUGGCUCAACGGGGGUCCCGGCUGCAGCUCCCUAGAUGGGCUCCUCACAGAGCAUGGCCCCUUCCUGGUCCAGCCAGAUGGUGUCACCCUGGAGUACAACCCCUAUUCUUGGAAUCUGAUUGCCAAUGUGUUAUACCUGGAGUCCCCAGCUGGGGUGGGCUUCUCCUACUCCGAUGACAAGUUUUAUGCAACUAAUGACACUGAGGUCGCCCAGAGCAAUUUUGAGGCCCUUCAAGAUUUCUUCCGCCUCUUUCCGGAGUACAAGAACAACAAACUUUUCCUGACCGGGGAGAGCUAUGCUGGCAUCUACAUCCCCACCCUGGCUGUGCUGGUCAUGCAGGAUCCCAGCAUGAACCUUCAGGGGCUGGCUGUGGGCAAUGGACUCUCCUCCUAUGAGCAGAAUGACAACUCCCUGGUCUACUUUGCCUACUACCAUGGCCUUCUGGGAAACAGGCUUUGGUCUUCUCUCCAGACCCACUGCUGCUCUCAAAACAAGUGUAACUUCUAUGACAACAAAGACCCGGAAUGUGUGACCAAUCUUCAGGAAGUGGCCCGCAUCGUGGGCAACUCUGGCCUCAACAUCUACAAUCUCUAUGCCCCGUGUGCUGGAGGGGUGCCCAGCCAUUUUAGGUAUGAGAAGGACACUGUUGUGGUCCAGGAUUUGGGCAACAUUUUCACUCGCCUGCCACUCAAGCAGACGUGGCAUCAGGCACUCCUGCGCUCAGGGGAUAAAGUGCGCAUGGACCCCCCCUGCACCAACACAACAGCUGCUUCCACCUACCUCAACAACCCGUAUGUGCGGAAGGCCCUCAACAUCCCGGAGCAGCUGCCGCAAUGGGACAUGUGCAACUUUCUGGUAAACUUACAGUACCGCCGUCUCUACCGAAGCAUGAACUCCCAGUAUCUGAAGCUGCUUAGCUCACAGAAAUACCAGAUCCUGUUAUAUAAUGGAGAUGUAGACAUGGCCUGCAAUUUCAUGGGGGAUGAGUGGUUUGUGGAUUCCCUCAACCAGAAGAUGGAGGUGCAGCGCCGGCCCUGGUUAGUGAAGUACGGGGACAGCGGGGAGCAGAUUGCCGGCUUCGUGAAGGAGUUCUCCCACAUCGCCUUUCUCACAAUCAAGGGCGCCGGCCACAUGGUUCCCACCGACAAGCCCCUCGCUGCCUUCACCAUGUUCUCCCGUUUCCUGAACAAGCAGCCAUACUGAUGACCACAGCAACCAGCUCCAUGGCCUGAUGCAGCCCCUCCCAGCCUCUCCCACUAGGAGAGUCCUCUUCUAAGCAAAGUGCCCCUGCAGGCCGGGUUCUGCCGCCAGGACUGCCCCCUUCCCACAGCCCUGUACAUCCCAGACUGGGCCCAGGGUCUCCCAUAGACAGCCUGGGGGCAAGUUAGCACUUUAUUCCCGCAGCAGUUCCUGAAUGGGGUGGCCUGGCCCCCUCUCUGCUUAAAGAAUGCUCUUUAUGAUGCACUGAUCCCAUCACAGGAACCCAACAGAGCUCAGGACAGCCCACAGGGAGGUGGUGGACGGACUGUAAUUGAUAGAUUGACUGAUUAUGGAAUUAAAUUGGGUACAGCUUCAAA